AUGGCGAUCUGCUGUAACAUUAGGCAAGAGGCGGAAGCGACCGUCAAUAAAAGCAUUCAACACCAAAGAGCUUUACAGAGCAAACGCCUGGCAACGCUCCCAAGCCUUUUGCUUGAGGCGGAGUCAGCAAGCCGAGCAUCUGCAGCAAAGAAGCAGCAGCAGCAGCAGCAGCAGGAAGAUGAGCAGCAGCAGCAGCAAGGAUCCAAGCAGCAGCAGCAGCAGCAGCAGCAGCAGCAGCAGCAGCAGCAGCAGCUGCAGCAGCUAGAAAAUAUUCUGAAAUCUGUGCAGCUAGAAGAGCAGCUGCUGCAGGAAUUAAAAAGCCUCAAAUUAGAUGAACAAACUUUGUUUCUCGAAGAUGCAAAAAGAAAAGAUCAAAGAUUUGUUGACAGCAUAAACGACCAAAAGGAAGAACUGAAAGCAACCGCAGCACUGAUGAACGCCGAGUAUGACGCUCUCAGGCAGCAAGCAGACAUCGAGCUUCUACGCCUUGAACAAUCGAGCUUCUACGCCUUGAACAAGUGA